AUGGAUACACAUACACAUUUAGAAGAUUUGUCAAAUGAAAUUUUCUUUGAAAUAUUUGAUUAUUUACAUGCACUUGAUAUUUUUACUGCUUUUGCUUCAUUGAAUAAACGAAUUUUGUCUAUUCUACAAUCAAUUCGAUUUCAUAUUAUGAUCUUAAACAGUCAUUAUGAUCGAGAAAUUAAUUUUCUUUCUUCUCAUCUUACUUUUCAUGCUCAUCAAGUUAUAUCACUAAAAUGUUAUGAUACAAUUCAUGAUCGUUCAGCUAUUAUUAGUUUACUAUUUAAUCGACAUCAUUUUGUUAAUCUUCAAUCAUGUAUAUUUAUGUUGGAUAAUUCAUCAACUGAACUUGAAAAUGUUAUUAAACAAGUUGAAAGUUUGAAUAGACUUGUUUCAUUUUUUAUCAUACAACCAGAUUAUAAAAAAAUCAAUGAGAAAGACAAAUGUGAUAUAACUCGAACUAUAUUGAUGAACAAGUCAUCUUCUCUUCGUUCAAUUAAGCUUCAUUAUGAUUAUGAUUACUUGGACAUAUCAACUUAUACUUCAAAUGCUUCGAAUCUUAUAUCAUUUGAAUUGUUAAUAUCUGGCUUACCGAAUAAAGUAUCAGUUUAUUCAAUUUUGCCAAUUCUUCGUGUUUGUCAUAGAAUACGAUAUCUACAUGUCAUAAUAAAACAUGAAAUGCUAGUUCAAAAUAGUAAUUUAAAUGUUUCACUGCAAGAACCAUGUAUUAAUGAAAAUGAUCUUCCUAUAUCACUACAAGUGACAUCCUUCGAUUUAUCAAUUUUUGCGAAAUGUAGCAUUCGUUCAAUCGCUUAUAUCUUACGUUGUAUGCCUAAUCUUAUUCAUUUUAAGUUUCUUCAUGAGACACGAACAGUAACUCCGUCAUUUGCUGAUGAUUUGGUCAAUGGUUAUACAUGGCAACAUAUGUUUGAAAUGCAUACUCCAUUUUUAUCUAAAUUUGAUUUUCAUAUCUCAAUAGAGAAAACGUGUCCAAAAUUAGAUUUAGAUAUGGUCGUAAAUUCAUUUGAAUAUUUCGUUAAAAAAUAUCCCAAAUGGUAUAUGAUUAUUGAUCGAUGGGCAACUGAUGUCAAAGAUUCACUGAAUUCUGUUCAAUCAAAUGAUAAUGAUGAUUCACAGCAAUGUGUUACUUCUCUUCCACAUAUUAUUCAUUUACCGAAUGUAAAUCAAAUUUACUUUGAGCCAUAUAUUAAUGUAGGUCAAGGGAAAGAUUUUCAAUUUAUUCUACAAGCAUGUCCAAAUGUGAUUGAUCUUCAAAUGACUCCUACAGAUUUGGUUUUAUCAAAAUUCAUCGAUAAUCGAUCUCUUUUUUCAAUUUUCAAACAAAUUAAAAUACUCAAAGCAGUGAUGCGAUGUGAUUAUGUUCCUUCAAAUUUUCUAUCGAAACUUGUUCAACGUUUUCCAUCACUUACUGAUAUUGAACUUCAAGUAUAUUCAUUCGAUGAUUGUAUAUAUGCUAUUGAUAUAUUGCUUAGUCAUCUAAAAAAUUUGUCUUAUCUUAAAAUUUAUUAUAUUAAAGAUUCAGGAGUCGAUCAUCCUUGUUCACGUAAUUAUAUUAUUGAUAAACGUCGUCAAGCAUUUGGUUUUAAUAUUAUUGAUGAACAUAAGAUUAAUAUUAUCAAGAAUAAAGAAUCUGUAGAAAUUAGAUUAUCAUAA